AUGGUCUACUUCCGCUUAGGUUGGAGUGGACUCGCAAGCGAAAGAUUUGAGCACGGAAGUGACGAGUUCCCAGUUCGAUUGGUGACACUUUGCAGUGAAGUGGUAAACGUCGCUUGAAAACAUAUCAUCGCCUGUGAAUGAAUCAGGGAGCAGGCAAAAGAGCCAGUUAAAAUGCGUUGUACAUGUACAUGUGUCCAGUUGGACUCUAAUAUGACAAAAUGAAGCGACGAUAUUCACUGUAUUUUAGUCAGUGAUUUAUUUGGUCGACGGAGACUCUGUUUCGGUUUCAUACAUCUUGCCUCCACUUAAAUGAGUAGAGAAGUAUCAGAAAAAAACAGCAAGGUAAGUUUUACCAUACAGAAUAACAUCAACUUGGUAUGAACAGCACUUCAGCCUUAUAGUAGUCAGCUGGAGUAACUUUACUGUAGCGAUAUGCACGGAAGCCGGAAAGAGUCUCAACUCUCAACAAUUAUAAAUGCCCGGCUGCUGUCAGUGAAUCCUUUUAAAACUUUCUGCGAAAUCCCUUUCCCUAACCUCUUGAAAGUGUUCUACCUUCAGUUAUAAUAUUCAAGCCAAGCGAGCGGGAAAACCGCCCAGAAUUGCUUUGCACCAGAAACUUCGAUGUCCCUGGGGAGAAAAUGAAAGUGCGAAAGUGGCGAGUGAAAAGCUAGGGAGUUGUUAUUUAUUCGUUUGUCUUCCUCUCUAUAUUCUUAUUGAUUCUUAUCGUCCCCUGUUAAGCUAGCAUAUCCGAGUACCUUGGCGCAUUCGAGAUCAAGUGGGGUACUUUAUGAAGGUGUAUCUAUGACAAAACUAAAUAACCUGAAAGUGAAAAGGGUUAAGUGAAAUCUGAAAUUGAUACAGAAUCAAAGCUAGUAAAAAAGAGACCACGGUAAGAGUAAGAGGAAGAAAAACUCGAAGAAAUACUAAAAAGGCCAGCCUCGUUCCCAGUUAUCCCCGGCGAUUUCGGAUGUGACGUCAUCGGUUCCAAGCCUCCUCUGGUGACUCGAAUAGCGCGAGCUGACCUGACUACGAGGCUGUAAAAAAGCCACUGUCGUAUAGGUAUAAUGCAGAAAGGUAUCACGCAAAAGGCAUAAAGCAAAAAGGUAUCAGGAACUUGUGAGUUAUGCUUUUUAGCGUGAUGCCUCUUUGUGUGAUGCCUUCCUGCGUGACGCCGUUCUGCUUGAUGCCUUUAUGUGUGAUGUCUUUCUGCGUGAUGACUUUCUGCGUUAUACCUUUUAGCGUGAUUCCUUUCAACGUGAUGCCUUUUUGACGAUUUCUCGCGUAACGUAGCGUUACAACAUUGUUACAUUAUUUCAAAUGGCUGCAAUACUGUUCCAACAUUUGAACCCUCUGCUGAGCUGAAAUAGAUGUUGCAAAUCGUCACGUGUAACAUCAUCUUAAAGGCGAUGUUUCGCGCGAGAUGAUUUGUAACGUCCUUUUUUAGCGCAACACAGCAUUGCAACAUUGUUGCGACAUUGUUUUUAAAUCGUUACAGCGUUGUUCCAACAUUGCAACGCUGUUGUUGAAUUGCCUUUUUAGUUCGCGAGAUACUUGUUGAUAACUGUACCGGAUAACGUCAAGAAUAACGGGAUUGUUGUCGUUAUAAACGAAGCUGUAAAAAAGGACCUCUUGGGUAAUGACUUUAGGGUGAAUAUGUUGUUUCAAAUUUGUUUUAGAUCACAUAGCCGAGGGUAGCAUGGCUUCAAAAGCAUAUGAUGAAAGGUAUUCAAACAGUGGCUGCCCACUGAACCAGCUUGACCUGUUUAUAGCGGAACUAGCUGACACAAAGGCAAGUUUCCCGGACGGUGAAAACACUCACAUUAUCCGCGAAGAGCUAAAUCAGAUUAUAGAAGGUACUUUGCUGGACCUUUCUGGUAAGUACCGACUGUUUCGAAAUGCUGUUGUCCAAUUGGGAGGAAGCAUGGUAGAGGGAACCAAGAUUGGACAACCAGAUGAGUUUGACUACGUUUUUGUUUUACCUUCGUUGCAAGAACAGUCGGUGUGGACAAAUGGUGAGCCUUUUUAUGCCGAUGAGUACAACAUGAAAAUUCAGUCGACGAAGCUAAUUUUGAAAAUGAAAGACGUCCCUUUUAUUGAUGACAUUUUAUGCCCUGAAUGGUGCGACCAGGACGAAAACGAGCAGAGAAGAAGUCAGCAACUUAUUUUUAAAGACGGUAAAAGUCCUUCGAGGGAUGAAAUCGCCGCCAUGGUAUCUGUAGCGAUUUAUCGAUCUUUGCAAUCACUGGUCGAGAAAUUCCCAAAGUGGAAACAUGUCGCCCGAUUGAAAUGCCCUUCUGGCAGGACAUACCUUCAAAUUCUUAAGUUUACUGACAAUAAUGAAUCAGAAACUUUGAUAUCGGUUGACAUUUGCUUAGCCAUCCAGAUUCCCUACCGUUCGCCGAGCUCUGAACAUCAACAUUUGCAACUUCUGUUUGAAUUCUGGUCUAUCAAUACUAUUUCAUGCUCAAGGAGAUCAGAGACCCCUUGGGAAACGUCAACGCUGAAAUCUCUUCCGAUUAACUCGUCGGAGAAACGCUGCUAUCGUGUUCUAAAAUAUCUCAUUCAAACUUUUCUUGAAUCACAUUUCGACAUGUACACAAUGGAAUACAAGGCAGUUAUAGAAACGUACACACUAAAGACGUUGAUCCUGAAAGGUAUGGUAGAAAGUAAAAAGAAAUGGGGGUUGCAACGUCUGGGCCAAACGGCCUUAGAGGUCCUUGAUCUGAUAAGGCAAGAUUUGGCAACUGUGAAAAGCAAGAUGACGAGCUCUGACCCAAUGGAAGAUCAUCCUUUAAAGGUUUCUAUGGAUUACUCUUUGCACCCAGUAUCAGGGGAGCCAGCCCUGUUUCCAAGAUCGAAAUUGUACCAUUCUCGUAAAGACUUAAACCCGGUAUUCCAACGGCCAGAAGCUAUUGAAGACCAAGUUACAACCAUCAUCGAACUACUACUCAUGGUGAGGGAUACAGAAGAGGGGAGACAACACAUGUUGUCGCAAAUUGAGGCAGUCGAGAGGCUUAAAAUUCUUCUAAAGGAUAGUACCUGCCAAAUUCCAUUGAUGGAAACACUGAAAACCCGAGAGGAAAGUACCAAAAGUGGUGUUUAUAACAAUUUUUUGUUGAUUUGGCAUGUUGUCGAGAGAGAAGAUUUCAAGGCCUUCAUGAGAAAGAGCAAGUUUGGUAUUCCAGUCCAACCAGAUGGAAAACAGGAUGAUUGCAUAGUGUUUCCUAAGAGGUUUCCUGUCUUCGAACUUCUUAACUGUUCUUUGUUCAAGAAAGAAGCUCGUGAAGAAGAAGGAAUUGAAAUAAUGGAGAUGGAUGUAUUCGAUCAUGGCGAUUGGAAGCAAGUGGUUUGCUGGAAUGUUAACGAUUCCGUUGGCUUAAAGUCGAUUAUACCAGGGGAGCUUUGCUCGUUCUGUGCUUCUCAGAAGUCGUAA